UGAAACUGUGUUCAGGAUAUGUUAUAUGAAAGCAAAACCUAUUUCCAAUAAAAGAAAAGGGACCAUAGAAAAUCAAAUAUUUGUUGGCAAUAGAGUAGAAGGAAAAUCAUAAAGAAAACAAGAUAAUGUUGCAAAUCUGAGUAAUGUCUAUGUAGAAAUUUAUAUCAUUUCAUCUUUUAUGUUAGACAUUUCUCAUGACAAAAGUGUUUAAUAGCUCCUUGGGAAAACAGGUUUUUGGAAGUAAAUUCAACUUGACUCUAUUCAAAAUAAAAAGCAGGCAAGCAAAGAUGUAUUCUACUGUGAGGAUCUAAUAUAAUGUACUAUAAAAUGUAAUUUCUGUAAAAAAAAAAAAGGGGGGAGUCACUUGACAUGCUCAACUGAUGUCUUUAGGGGGUAAUAUCAAGAUAUUACCAUGUAAGUACCAAUGCUUUUAAAGGAACUUUCUUUGUCUAGAUUGAAUUCAACACACACUAUAAUGCUGAUAAAAAUUUGUUUUGAAAUCAAGAAUAUUUUAUAAGCCAUAUUUGAAGACACCUGAUGCUACUGUAGCCACAGAGGAUGAAUAAAGGACUUUGGGAGAUAUGUAUGCCAUUUAACUGGAAUCAGAACUCAGAAUCCCCAAUUGUUAGCAGAUCUCCCACUGCUCUGACAAAAUGUGAAAGAAAACAAGGAAGAAAUGAAGGGUUUAUUUUGACCCAGGGUUUCAGUCCACCAUGGAAGGAAGAACGCCCAUCAAGGUGGCCAGAACCUGGAGUAGAGACACGGCUUACCUGGUGGUCUUUCUCCUUUUUCUUCUCCAAUUCUGACUUCAGACUAUGGGAUUUCCCACUGCAGGAGACUAGCUUUACCAAUCUUGGUACUCCUCAGGCCAAUCCAACCAACAACAAUGACUAAGUAACCGUGACACCAUUCAGAAGGAAUGUUUAGAAAUGAUCUAGAAAUGAUCAAACUCAUCCACAAUCUUUAUGACUCUUGGUUUUACUCCAUUAGUUCCAUUUGUUAUUCACAUGCUCAAGAAAUGUCCAUACUCAGAAAUGGUUUUUCAAAUAAACCUCAGAGGGUGGCGAUAUUGAUAUUCUCAUUCUCUUCAGUCCAUUGGAUGGACAUAUGUGAUUUCUACCUAUAUGAUGACUUCAACCAUCAGAUUUUAAUUUGAUUUAUUUUGCUUAGAAAUAUUUUAAAUAUAUUCUAACUUCCCAUCUUCUAUUGUCAUGGAUUUUAUGUGAAGUUAAGUAUUCUUAGCCUUAAUAGAAUUUAUCUUUAAGUAAAUACAAACUCAAUCAGAAAUUAAUUAUAUUCAGCAUAUCUUAUGCUCUUGUAUGUGUACUCACUCACAUUUUAAAUUAUAUUUAAAGACACUUUCCAAUUUAUCUGAUCAGUAAAGGACAAGGCAAUCACAGAAUAUAACCGUGAUAUUCAGUCACUGAAUUCCAUGGUGUAUUUAAAUGUGACCCCUUUCACAUUGUCUGCAUCUGUUUGAUGUUUUUUGAGACACAGUCUUUCUUGCCUCAAACUUGCUAUCCUUCUGUCCCAGACCCCCAAGUUCUAGGAUUACAGUUGUACACCACUGGGUAUCCUUGAAUGUCAUCUUCUGUAUCAUGCCAUUUCUAAUAACUUUGGUCUUUGGUCAACCAACAUGAGGACAUUUUGUCCAAUGAAAGGUUAUAAUAAAACACUUGGAUUUCUCAAAAUUAUGACUAAUUCUAUUCACCUAGAAAUAAAAUUAAAUCUUAAAGUUCUUAUGACAUAUAUCAGUUGCUCCUAAUUCCUAUUUUAAAUUAUUUUUUGUUUAAUUAUUGUAAUCACAUGUACCUUUUGGACACAGUUUCCCCCACAAUAGCCUUAUGAGUACCAUUACUGUGCUCAUGUAGCCUUGUAGCAAAGUCUGUUGUUCAUGGCAUUUAUGAGUCAUGUAUUUUAGAGAACUUAAUGUCUAAUUCGACAUUUAUGUUUCUGACCAACUUUCACAUUUUAAUAAUUUGUUGAUGUGUUUACUGGGACAAUAAAACAGUGUACCUCUUAAACUCACGAAUUUAUAGCUCUCAUCAGAGAUCAGUUGCACUGAUAAAAAAUCAUAGUGGAUUGUGAGCAGUUUGAAUGGCCAGAAGAGUGAUUCUUAGAUGUUCCUACACAUGAAAGACUAAAGUAUGGGCUCCCCUUAGAUCAGCAGACAGUCUGACUCAAGAUCUAGAGUGAGCUUGAAAACCAACUUAAAAACAAAACACAAGUAUGCACACACAAUCAAGACCCCUAAGAAACCCUUUACACAGUCAGUUUGAGAAACAUUGACUCCACUUAAAAAUCUUUAUAAUGCCCAGAUUUGGAUACAAGUCUUUAUUAUGAUCAGUCUUUAUAAUGUUCAGUGUUUAUCUGAAAAUAGCUCAUGAAGUUAUUGAUUUGAACGCAUGGUGGCGGUGUAGGCUAAGAGAAUGAGUAAGAAGUCUUUAGGGUCCUUGGACUCCCUGUUUCGCCUAGAAACUGGAGCAAAAUACGGAACCGUUUGCUGCUGAAGCUGAGAUAAAAGCCUCCGGAGAAGAGGAACCACAGGGAACUUGUAAGAUCAAAUCGAAAAAUUCCACAGCAAAGACUUUCCGGAAGGCCAAAGUUACCUCUGUGAUUAAGAGCUGAAAGGGAUUUUUCCCUCCUGGUACCAGACCUAACAGUAGAGAUGCCACGAACAAAGGAGCAGGGCAAGGCAAGGCAAGUGAUGAUUUUAAUUACAUUGAUGCUUUCAUGGGAGGUGGGUUCAGCGUCAAUUCAGUAUGCCAUGCUGGAGGAGACAGAAAGAGGCACCUUUGUGGCCAAUCUGACUAAGGACUUGGGACUAAGGGUGGGAGAAUUGGCUGCUCGGGGCGCUAGAGUGGUUUGCAAGGGGAACAGACAGUAUUUGCAGCUUGACCCACAGACCCAGGAUUUGGUGCUAAAUGAAAAACUGGACCGGGAAGAGCUGUGCAGCUCCACGGAGCCUUGUAUGCUGUCUUUCCAGGUGUUACUAAAAAAUCCUUUGCAGUUUUAUCAGGCUGCCCUGAGAGUUAUAGAUAUAAAUGACCAUGCCCCAGAGUUUCCUGCUAGAGAGGUGCUCCUUAAAAUAUCAGAAAUAACUGCACCGGGAAAGAUAUUCCCUUUGAAAAUGGCGCAGGACUUAGACACUGGCAGCCACAGCAUUCAGAGCUACACUGUCAGCGACAACCAUCACUUCCACGUCCUCACUCGCAACCGCAGCGAUGGCAAGAAGUUCCCCGAGCUAGUGCUGGACAAGGCAUUGGACCGCGAGGAGCAGGCUCAGCUCAGACUAACGCUUACUGCAGUGGAUGGCGGGUCUCCGCCCAGGUCUGGAACAGCCACUAUACAUAUUCUGGUCAUGGACAUCAAUGAUAAUGCCCCACAGUUUUCCCAGGAACUUUAUCAAACCCAGGCACCAGAAAAUAGCCCAGUAGGACUUCCUGUUGUUACAGUCUCUGCAGAGGAUGUAGACUCAGGGGUCAAUGCAGAAGUAACCUAUUCAUUUUUUGAUGCUUCCGAAGAUAUUCGAGCAACCUUUCAAAUCAACCCUUUCUCUGGGGUAAUCGUGCUCAAAGCCUUGCUUGAUUAUGAGUUGGUAAAGUCCUACAAGUUAAAUAUACAGGCAGUUGAUGGUGGGGGCCUUUCUGCUAGAUGUAUGGUUAUACUUCAUGUUUUGGACAUCAACGACAACCCCCCUGAACUGAUCAUAUCAUCGCUUGUCAACGAAGUUGUUGAGAACUCUCCAGAAACUGUGCUGGCAGUUUUUAGGAUUAACGACAGAGAUUCAGGAGAAAAUGGAAAGACGGUUUGCUACAUUCAAGAAAAUCUGCCUUUCUUACUAAGACCCUCUGUAGACAGUUUUUACAUCCUAAUGACAGAAGGAGCUCUGGACAGAGAGAGCAGAGCUGAGUACAACAUCACCAUCACAGUCACUGACAUGGGCACACCCAGGCUCACAACACAGCACACUAUAACAGUGCAGGUGUCUGAUGUCAACGACAAUGCUCCCACCUUCACACAAACCUCCUACACCCUGUUUGUCCAAGAGAACAAUAGCCCCGCCCUGCACAUAGGCACCAUCAGCGCCACAGACUCAGACUCAGGCUCCAAUGCCCACAUCACAUACUCGCUGCUGCACACCCAAGACCCGCAGCUGGCCCUCCACUCGCUCAUCUCCAUCAAUGCCGACAAUGGGCAGCUGUUCGCGCUCAGAGCGCUGGACUACGAGGCCCUGCAGACCUUCGAGUUCCAUGUGGGCGCCACAGACCAAGGCUCUCCUGCACUCAGCAGCCAGGCGCUGGUGCGAGUGCUGGUGAUGGACGCCAACGACAAUGACCCCUUCGUGCUCUACCCGCUGCAGAACGCCUCUGCACCCUGCACAGAGCUGCUGCCCAGGGCGGCAGAGCCAGGAUACCUGGUCACCAAGGUGGUGGCAGUGGACCGCGACUCUGGACAGAAUGCCUGGCUGUCCUUCCAGCUGCUCAAGGCCACGGAGCCCGGGCUGUUCAGCGUGUGGGCUCACAAUGGCGAGGUGCGCACCUCCAGGAUGCUGAGUGAGCGCGAUGCUCCCAAGCACAGGCUGCUGCUGCUGGUCAAGGACAAUGGGGAUCCUCCAAGGUCUGCCAGUGUCACUCUGCAUGUGCUGCUGGUGGAUGGCUUCUCUCAGCCCUACCUGCCUCUGCCAGAGGUGGCGCGCGAACCAGCACACGAUGAGAACGCAUUGACGCUGUACCUGGUCAUUGCCUUGGCUUCUGUGUCUUCCAUCUUCCUCUUGUCUGUGCUGCUGUUUGUGGGGGUGAGGCUGUGCAGGAGGGCCAGGGCAGCCUCUCUGGGUGGUUGCUCUGUGCCUGAGGGACACUUUCCUGGCCACCUGGUGGAUGUCAGUGGCAUGGGCACCUUGUCCCAAAGCUACCAGUAUGAGGUGUGUCUGAUGGGAGGCUCUUCUGAUACCAGUGAUUUCAAGUUCUUGAAACCAGUUUACCCUGAUGUUCAUGCUCAUAGUUUCCAGAGCAAUGGUGAUGAAAAGCCCACAUUUUGAAGUCUGAGUAAUGUUUCUGAGUAAUGUUUGAUUCCAUUUAAUGUAUGAUACAGCCAUGUGAAUAUUAGUUUAGUUAUGCAGUAGUUGCUAUAACACAACUUCAUUUUCAACUUCCAAGUAUGUCACAUUUACAUUUUUACAAUGUUUUUACCUUAGUGAUUUUUUAAUAGAGUAUGUGCCACUUUACAUCUGAGGCUUUAAUUCUUUCUUAAUGAACAAUAAUUUGUUGUCUUUUCUCAUUACAGAAAAUUGAGAUUAGGGGUUUGUUGUUGUUUUUUGUUUUGUUUUGUGGCUAAUAAUUAACUGCAAGCCUUUUGCAUGCUAAGCAAGCACUCUACCAUUGAAUUCUAUCUCUAGCCAGUCAU